AUGACAGCACUCACAGACCAUGCCCUCCUCGUCGCCCUUCUCGUCGCCGUCUUCUUCAUCUGCGCCGGCGCCUCCAUGAUCUGCACCUUCGUCACGCCAUUGGCGGCAGGUUUUGCCCAGGUCGACAUGUAUUCAGUCGGCAUGUAUUUGGUCGGCCUGUAUUUGGUCGGCAUGUAUUUGGUCGGCCUAGUGGGCCAGCGCAUGAUGGAAGACAUGGAGCAUGUCGUUUCCAGGAUGUAG